UGAUGACGUUUAAUACCGAGGAAGUAACGUUAACCAUAGAUGGUAGAGAGUUGAAAGAAACAUGAGUAAAUUCCUUCAAAAUUAAAUAUUGAUCAGGAAUGCAGUGGCAGAUGUACACUACGGUUGUUUUAUGUUUAAACUGAAGCUAUAAAAAUUUGUGUUCUUAGACGUCUCCAGAAAUAUACUAGCAUACUUAAGACGAUGCUAGUAGCUGGGUAGCUAAGCGCUAGCUAACUGUAGCUACUGGUGUUUUCAGCUAACUAUUGUAUGGGAUAUUUUGACGAAUAAACCUAAAUUACGUUAACCUACCUUUUUAUUUCCACAGUGCGGUUUACAGUUUAAUUUUAGGGUACAUUUAUAUAAGCACUGUUACUAUACUUAAGUGCAAAUUUUAUUUAUUUAUCUUUUUUUAUUUAUAGCUACAUCAGUGCUCACAGCGCAGGUAUAUUUAAGGCAACUGCUCAGUCUGUGGGAAUGUGUAGUAUUCACACAGUUUUAGUCUUUGCUCUAGUAGCAACAACCAUCUUCACACCUGUAUAUGGCCUGGAGGUUUGCCAAAGUACUGACCGUGACUGCCACAGUCAUGAUGAAAAGGCAUUAGACACUGUCAAAUCCAGGUGGAACAUGAGUGUUUCAAACCUCAUACAGAACCUGGACCAAUUCAGUGUCUCCUGCAAGAAGCUCAUAGAGGCAUUCCCAAUAGAUGAGGUUGAUGGCGACUUUGUUCGCACUGUAAAGAACUGCAUAUUCUCCAAAUCCAUUCCAACCCCACUGAAAGGCCCAUUAAGACUGGCAGCAGUUUCCAAGGUGGAUGUCAUUGAAGGGAUCUUAGAUGUAGACAUGGCUGUGACACAGUCUGAGGAGUUCCUGCAUUAUGCCAGUGGUGGCGGACUGCUACCAGGAUCUGUGCCACUUGCACACAGAUAUGGAGGUCAUCAGUUUGGCUACUGGGCCGGUCAGCUGGGCGAUGGUCGAGCACAUUCCCUUGGUCAGUAUACCAACAGGAAAGGAGAAGUAUGGGAACUGCAGCUUAAAGGCUCUGGGAAAACACCUUAUUCAAGGUCAGGAGAUGGUCGAGCUGUGAUCCGUUCUUCUGUAAGGGAGUUCCUGUGCAGUGAAGCCAUGCAUUUCCUAGGUGUUCCAACCAGCAGGGCUGCCAGUCUGAUUGUAAGUGACGAGCCGGUGUUGAGGGAUCAGUUCUACAAUGGCAACCUGAAGACAGAGAGAGGAGCUGUUGUUCUCCGGUUAGCCAAGUCAUGGUUUCGGAUUGGAUCUUUAGAAAUUUUGGCUCAAAGUGGAGAGAUAGAUCUCCUGAGAAAGCUGUUGAACUUUGUGAUUGAUGAACAUUUUUCUUCAAUCAAGUCAGAUGACCCAGAUAAAUAUUUGAUGUAUUAUUCCACAGUUGUAAAUGAAACGGCACAUCUGAUUGCCCAGUGGAUGUCGGUUGGGUUUGCACAUGGUGUGUGCAACACGGACAACUUCAGUCUCCUGUCUAUCACCAUCGACUUUGGACCAUUUGGUUUCAUGGAGUCGUAUAACCCCAAUUUUGUCCCCAACACAUCUGAUGAUGAGGGCAGAUACAGAAUAGGAGCUCAGGCCAACGUCGCACUGUUCAACCUGGAGAAGCUGUUGAUGGCUCUCAGUCCUGUGCUUUCUAAAAAACAGCAGCAAGAGGCUAAAAUUAUUUUAAAAGGAUACGUUGAUACUUACCAGAUGAGGAUUCAUCAGCUAUUUAAAUCUAAACUGGGGCUUCUAGGUGAAGAGGAGGAUGAUGGCUACCUCAUUGCCUUCCUGCUUAAGAUGAUGGAGGACACACAAUCAGACUUCACCAUGACCUUCAGGCAGCUCGGUGAUGUUUCAGCCCAGCAGCUUCAUAAUAGGAACUUCACACAGAUGUGGGCUCUUGAAGACUUGUCGUCCCACAAGCUCUUUUCUGAUUGGCUCAGCAUGUACUUGCUCCGGCUCAGCAGACAACAAAAUGAUAACAAUUUGGAUCGCCAACACAGGAUGAACAAUGUAAAUCCUAGAUAUGUGUUGAGGAACUGGAUGGCAGAGUCUGCUAUAAGGAAAGCUGAGAUGAAUGACUUUUCUGAGGUGGAGCUGCUGCACCAUAUCCUAUCCUUUCCCUUUGUUACACAAGAGACUGCAGAGGAGGCUGGCUAUGCAGCAAGACCUCCACUGUGGGCUAAGAGGUUAAAGGUCAGCUGUUCCUCUUGAGUGACCCCUGGAUAAGAAAAAUACUAAAAAUGAAGAAGUACAACCUAACUGAGUUUUUAUGGUAUAUUUUGGUAAAUUUGGUGGAAUAUAUUUGGUCCAAAAUGUCAAGGUCAUGGUUGUUUAAUGUGUAUGUGUAAUUAUGUGUGGAUACUGUGAUCAACAAAAAUUAGGUACAGUUCUCAGUGCCACAGAAGAAUUAAACUCUAAUUGUAUUUUGCUCAUAAAAUUGUAUUUUGACUACUUGACAGCUAUUAAUACUUCCAAACAUUAUGUAAUUUCCUAUUGACACCAAAAUAAAUACAAAGAUGCUACUGUG